AUGCCGCCUGGAAACGAACCCGAUGAUGAGGGCGCACCUCGCCAGAUAUAUCGUGACGACGAGAAUGAGCUGUCCCCGUCUGACGAUUCCACUGCCGCCGAUGCGACCCUCGUAGAUGCUUCCGAAGCUUCCGACGACGAACAAUUCACCCAGCAGCCAUUCUACGCGAGCAAAUACAUACCUCCACGGUUACAACGCGCAUGGAAAGCUACCAAGACGUGGGUCAAGGGCCCGCAGCCCCCACGGCCGUGGAGCAUACAGCCGCUCUUUCCCACAGUGCAGCGUGCGCCCAUAAACUUGCUGGAUCGCUACUUCCCGAAACGCAAGCACAAAGUCGUGCUACUGAUAUUAUUCUAUCUUGCUUGGUUCCUGAGCUUCUCGUUGGUCUUGAAGCGGUCUGCCUUCGCCGCAGACAUUCCCGGCCACGGUUCACCUGUCAACAUUCGGUGCACUGACAGGUUAUGGAGUGACGCAAAUGGCUGUGGCCUCAAUGGUGAUCAGUGCCGGCCAUUCGCCAAUCAGACUAUGGCUUUUCGAUGCCCGGCCAACUGCAAGAGGGUACAAUUGCUGAAUCCCCAUGCGGUUGGGGCUAAAGAGAUAAAUUAUAGGCCGCUCGUAAUUGGCGGUCCGACCGACGAGGAAGAGACGCUGGCAAACACGUAUUACCGCGGCGACUCCUUCAUAUGCGGAGCAGCUAUUCACGCAGGCUUCAUCACCGACAAGUCUGGCGGGUGCGGCGUCCUCUCGUUUGUAGGCGAGAAGAGUCACUACCCUAGCGUCAACCGCAAGCACAUCAAGAGUGUCAGCUUCAACUCGUAUUUCCCUAGAUCUUUCGCCUUCCUGGAAGGCACUCAUUCGAAGUGCCGGGAUCUGCGAUGGCCACUCCUCGGUGUGUCGCUGACCUUUACCAUCCUCUUAUCCUUGUUCACAACCUCAUCAGCAGUGUUCUUUUCAUCCAUAUUCGUAGGUAUAUUCUUCCACGUCGCGCUCGCAUCCGAUCCACCGAAUCUUACCGACUACUACUCCAUUGUCAGUAUCGCUCUCGGUCGUUUCCUGCCUGCCAGCUUUUGCAUGUUCGCCGUGUACAAGUUCUUUGUAAGGAGGACGCUGCUCGGUCUAGAUGCCCAGAUCGAGAAAACCAUUCUUUGGCUAGGAGGUUGCUGGGUUGGAGCCCUGAACAAUUACACCUUCGACAAAAUCCCGAUCGAGCGACUGACCCCCCAUGACAUCAAGAACCAGCCUGGAGCGGUGCCUGCUCUCAUCAUCAUCGUUUUGACCCUUCUUUGCAUCACAAUCGGACAAGCAUGGUGCCUCCGUGUUGAAGGCCGUCUACCUCGUUUUCUUGUCAUCUACGGCAUUUAUGUCGCUGUCAUACUGAUCUUGGUCGCUAUUCCUCGCAUGAACGUUCGCAUUCAUCACUACAUCCUCGGUCUCCUUUUGGUCGGUGGCACGUCUAUGCAAACAAGACCCAGUUUGCUCUUUCAGGGUAUACUUAUUGGCCUUUUCAUCAACGGCAUCGCACGCUGGGGCUUCGACAGUAUCUUGCAGACCCCAGCCGAACUGCGCGGCGAUGGGCAACUAGGAACAACUCUCCCCAUCAUCACCGCACCUAUCAUCUACAGCAAUAUUGGAACAGGCUUCAAGCCGAACAUAACCUUUGAGUGGGACCUCCCUCAUCCCAAGCACUACGACGGUAUCAGCAUACUGGUCAACGACGUAGAGCGCUUCCGUGGAUACGAGGACGCAGGUAUGACAGCUUUCACAUGGGUUCGCCAUAUGGAAGAUGUCCCAGAGUACUUCCGCUUUGCUUUCAUGGAUGGUAGUGCCAGGGCGGAUUACACCAAGGCUGGAACGUGGCGCAGCGAUGGAAGCUGGAAGCAAAUGCAGUCUGGGCCUUCGUAG